GCCCAGGGUCUUCUAAUCUUAUCGUUCCUUGACCGAUGUUCACCGUGGUCAGUCAGCCAAGACCCGGCCACGACAGCUAUCAUCAGAUAGCUUCCAGUCAACACCAAUACAUAACGCUGCCACUUAACCAGACAUCAAACUACGAGGGUCGAUACCAAACUGGUUGAUAUAGUCCAGACGACCUUAAACACCGCGUCUCAAUUUCCAACUAAGAUCCAACUGGACCUCCCCCGAUACAGUAGCCCGCGGCGCAUAGAAUAACAGCUCAACCCUCCAGCGCAACCCACCACCGAAGCGCUUCACACCCAUCCACCACCGCAACAAUGGCCUUCUUAAUCCUAGUAAUCGGCGACCUUCACAUACCCGACCGCGCCCUCGACAUUCCAGCAAAGUUCAAAAAACUCCUCGCCCCCGGAAAAAUCUCCCAAACCCUCUGCCUAGGUAACCUAACCGACAAGUCAACCUAUGAAUACCUCCGCUCCAUCUCCCCCGACCUCAAAAUCGUCAAAGGCCGCAUGGAUGUCGAAGCCACCUCCCUCCCUUUGACUCAAGUCGUCACCCACGGCGGCGUGCGCAUCGGCUUCCUCGAAGGCUUCACUCUCGUCAGCUCCGAGCCCGACCUCCUACUCGCAGAGGCCAACAAACUUGACGUCGACGUCCUCUGCUGGGGCGGCACUCAUAAAUUCGAGUGCUUUGAGUAUAUGGACAAGUUCUUUAUCAACCCUGGGACGGCGACGGGGGCGUUCUCGACGGAUUGGGCGGAUGGGGAUGGGGAGGGGGAGGAGGAGAUGGUGCCGAGCUUUUGUUUGAUGGAUGUACAAGGAAUCUCGUUGACGCUAUAUGUCUACCAGCUGAGGAAAGACGCGAAUGGGGUUGAGAAUGUGGCGGUGGAAAAGGUGACGUAUACCAAGCCGGUUGAGCCAACUGGUCCAUGAUACCCGGGAAGAUGAGAGAGACAGAGUCGAGGGAGUAGGGAGUACGGUACCGGAUCUAGAAAAGAGGAGCGUUUGAGUGGUUAUGGAACGUUGCUGCUGUACAGCAAGCAAAGCGUGAAAGAUGUGUUGUGUCUGAGCUGUUUGGGCAUUGCAGUCAUCCAACUCAGCUCAAGAGAGAGAGCUCUUUGAAAAGGGGCUCCAAACAAUAUCAAAAUAUUACCUAAUACUUCG